ACCAAGCCCACAAAACCAUAACAAAAGAGAUUUUAGCUUAGCAGAACAGCCUAGCUAGCUAGCUAGCUAGCUUCAUUAAACAACCUGUAUCUUUAAUGGCGCGGCACAAAACAUACUCUGCAACACAAAGCCCAAUAUAUUUUUUUGAUAAAUCAGAACUGAUUCCAUGCGGCCCACACACAAAGAGUGAGAGAGAGAGAGAGAGAGAGGGCUAAGACCCUAAAACCUUCACCUAGAAAAAAUGAUUUCUGACACCAUUAGUAUGACCUAUGAGCCACAAGUGGCCACCCCACUACACCAAAGUCUCUCUCUCUCUGUCUCUCUCUCACAGUUACUAGCACUUGCUUUCAUAAUGGUGGUGGUACUUAUACUUGUGGGUGCUAGUCUAGUAGUGUAGGAAUGGUAUCAUGAGAGAGGGGCUUGCGUUGUUUUUCUCAGUGGCUGUCUGUCUGUCCGAGAUUGGUGGUGGGCUUUUAACUUUUUAAGGACCAAAAGACAGCAGUAGUAGAAGUAGAGUAGAGUGGUUGCAGAAACACGACAGUACUCUAGCCUCUUUUGUUUCCCGGGAAAAGUCCAAUUCUUCCCUCAGUUUGUUAAUUGUUACUAGUCACUACAUUCCAAAACCCAGAUCUCGAGGUUUGUUUCCUAAGAAGUGCCAUUUGUCACAGCCAAAGUUUUAAUCUUUUUAUUGCACACCCUUUUAUCUGUUCCCACCUUUCCUUCUUCCGCCAAUCUCUCUUCUAUAAAUUCUUAUAUACUUUUUGAACCUCUCUCUAUGUGCCGACCUCACAAUGAGUCUUUAAGGGGUUCAAUACAAAGCACUUGGAAGAGUUGAAAGUUGAAAGUUGAAAAGAGUAUUGGGUUUGUUUUGUUAUGUGCUUAAAGGUGUGGAAUUUGACCUUUGAGGUGUUGCAUUGGCCACAAUUAUAGGAGGGUCGGUGAUUGUGUUGAAUUUCACUGUUGCUUUGCACUGAAGCCGAGGUACAACCUUCGAACCUUGCAGCUUUGAUCUUUGUUUCCUGUAUUUCAUUAUUCUAGCACUUCCGGGUUUUUGGGUUAUGGCUGUUGUUUUUUAAUGCAAAUCUUAGUAUUGGGAUUCAUAUAUUGGAGCUUUAGAACAUGUGAAAAACGGUUCUCAUUGGUGGGCUUUUGGGUUUGGUAGUUGGUUCCAAGUAUUUGCCCAUGCCUGUAAAAUAUUUAUAAUUAUAUAUACAGUUCAAUUACAACCUGUGGAUACCUAUUGUUUGUGUAAUUAGCCAAUAAAACUCGGUCCGUGAAUUCGGGCUUUGUUGGGUAUUUAAGGGAUUCCAACUUCUGCUUCAAGAGCAUACUAGAGGGAGGGAGUGUUUAGGAGAGUGUUUUUGAUGUGGAAUAUUGGUCUUAAGUACAAGACAUGCUGAGCUCUGAUGAGGGAGAAUUUGAUGUGUUCUUUGACUCGGUGGAUCAAUUGUCGUCUGAAGGAUCAAUUGUAGGUAAAGAAGAGUUAGAUUCUGUAAGUUUAGAGUAUGGUAUUUGGAUGAAUGAACCGCUAAGUGUUAAGGGCAGACGAGAGAGUUUUCUACAUGGGAUGGGUUUAGCUGAAUUUGGUGCUGCUAGGAUUUGUGGUGAGGAGAAUGAAAUGGACUUUGGUGGCUCAUCAGAGAUGAUGGGAUUGGACAGGCUUACGGAAUGCAGUGGAGCAGUUUCAAGCUCUAGCAUUUCAUCUAUUGAUUGUGCGGAGGAAAAUUUGGUUUGUUGUAGAAAUGAGAGGGGCAAUGAAGCAAAUGCCAUGUUUGAUGUAUUGAAAGGAAAAGAAGAAGAUGAACAGAAAGUAGUUCUUAAUGGGGAGGACACUUUGCUUUCAACUUCUGCUAGAAAAUGUGUAGAGAAUGAUACUCUUGCUAAUGUACAAGCAUAUAAUAUGUUAGAUGUGGGUAAAAGGAAAUUCAAAAGUUGGUUAAAACACUUUGUCAACAAAAGGAAGGGAAGAGGAGAUACAUUUGUAACUGAGGUAUCAAAAACAAAUUAUGAAACACCUAAAAUAAAACGAGCGAAGGUGUGGCAGAACAAGAAGAGGUACAUGGAGCUUACUGCUCUUUAUAAUGGGCAAGAGAUUUGUGCACACAAAGGCUUAAUUUGGACAAUGAAGUUUAGUCCAGAUGGCCAGUAUCUAGCAAGUGGUGGUGAAGAUGGGAUUGUACGUAUUUGGCGUGUUACAUCAGCAGAUGCCUCUUACAAUGAUUUAAUUAUUGAAGGCAAUUCUAGUAUAAAAGUGAAAGGAGGCAAGUUCACUUUUGGUGGAAAAAAGACAAGCCAUGCCUCCAUUGUCAUUCCUGAUAAGGUUUUUCACAUCGAAGAGUCACCCCUGCAAGAAUUUCACGGCCAUUCUAGUGAUGUCUUGGAUCUGUCUUGGUCCAAUUCGAACUGUCUUCUUUCAUCAUCCAAGGAUAGAACCGUUCGUCUCUGGCAAGUGGGUUGCAACAAAUGUUUAAAUGUUUUCCGUCACAAUGAUUACGUGACAUGUGUUCAAUUCAAUCCGGUUGAUGAUAAUUACUUCAUCAGUGGCUCCAUAGAUGGAAAAGUUCGAAUUUGGGGAGUGUUUGAGAAAAGAGUUGUUGAUUGGGAUGGUGUGCGAGAUGUAAUAACUGCUAUAUGUUACCAGCCAGAUGGAAAGGGGAUCAUUGUUGGUUCAAUUACAGGCACUUGCCGCUUCUAUGAUGCAUCAGGCAAACAUCUUGAGCUGGAUGCUAAGAUACAUAUUCAAGGUAGAAGAAAAUCUUCUGCUAACAAGAUAACUGGCAUUCAGUUCUCACAGGAAAUAUCUCAGAGAGUUAUGAUAACAUCAGAAGACUCCAAAAUUCGUAUAUUUGACGGGAUUGACAUCAUCCACAAAUACAGAGGUCUUCCAAAGUCAGGAAGUCAGAUGUCAGCUUCAGUUGCUUCAAGUGGGAAACAUAUAAUCUCAGUUGGGGAGGACUCUCGAGUUUAUGUCUGGAACCAUCAUGGGUUGUGCAUCCCUUUGGAAAAAGAAACAAAAUCUGUCCGUUCCUGUGAGCAUUUCAUCUCUGAAGGUGUGACUGUUGCAGUACCUUGGUCAGGUUUGGGAAUGGAACCAAGGAGCUCAGGGAGUGGUAGUCCCAAGUAUUGCUCACAAACACUGGAUCAAAUAGAGGCUGCUUCUCGAGUUAGAGAUUCAGAACGUUUUUCUCUUGGUAAUUGGUUCUCUAUGGACGGCCCAUGCAGGGGCUCUGCAACAUGGCCUGAAGAGAAACUUCCUGUGUGGGAUGUUCUAGGUUCAGAAGAUGAAUCUCAUCAUCAGCACCAUCUAGGCCAUGAGCUGCAGCACAAUAAUAAUGCCCACAAACACAUGGCUGUAUCAGAAACAUGGGGGCUAGUGAUUGUGACUGCUGGAUGGGAUGGAACAAUCAGGACAUUCUACAACUAUGGAUUGCCCAUCAGGCUCUAGGAGUAUUCUUGGAUCAGCCUUGAUGAAGAACUUUUAUUUGUGACUUGUGAGCCAGCUCACUGUCUGUCCAUAUAGAGUUUCACUAGGAUUUAAAUGUGCGCAAGUUCUUGAUAUUCAGCCAAUAUAUUUUCCUAACCUUAUCAGCAUACUCAAAAUUCGUAGGAUGACUACCCUUUAUAACAUGUUUCAUAAGUUUGUAGAUUCUCACUAUGUCAACUUGCUUACCUGGUCUCUCUCAAGGAGACAGGCCAUGCAAUUUUUCAUUUCUUUACCUUUUGUAAAUGAUACCUGAUGUACACAACACAGAAAAUAUAUACAAUUGAAUUUUUGGUCUACUUUACAUUCUUCA